AUACAUUCCUUGAAGAAAAUGUUUUUAGAAUCAAUGGAUUUUUUGUUUAUGAUUGUUUCCUUAAAACUGUCAGUUACCUUUAAACGGCACAAAAACUUAAGCAAAACUCUGACUGAAUGUUAUUGGUUUUCAGACAGAGAGAGUUAAAGCAGAAAACAUACGGUACAUAUCCACAGAAACAACGGAGCUAUUUUUUUUAUUCAUGGAGUCAUAUCUCUCAAUGCUCGGUGACAAAAGUUUGUUUAUUACCAAAGUCUGCACAACGUUGCUUUUGACCUCGGAACUCUUUUAAUUAUACCGGAUUUCUGUUAUUAUCUGAAAGGUAGAUAAGGAAGAGUGUGAAAUAAGGAAGGCAGACAAAUUGAGGAAGAGUCUCAGAUCCAUAUACAGAGAGUACAAUGAUAGAUUGAAUGCUAGACAGAUAUUAUGUGAUGAAAUGGAGUGAAAUUUAUUAUUAUUUAUUAUUUAUUUAUUACUUACAUUCAGUAGAGUACGUGGAUGUGUGGCCACAAUACAUUGACUAAACAGUUUAUAUUACAAAGUUAAUAUCAUAAACAUUUCAAAAUGUGUUACUUCGACAACAACGUUUCUGUUACAAAAAUGAAUAUAAUGGGGAUUUCUAAGAAAACAGCAUGUCACAGGGGGUCAGAGAAUGACAGCAGCAAAGUUUCACACCUAUGCAAAGUGUAACAGCCUGGAACCAGUUAGCGAAGAUCAAGAAGUUUCCAUAGCAACAUUUGGUGAGUCAGUGUAUAUAAACGGUGAAAUGUUGAACACGUUCUCUGAUGGAAUAGUGGUGGAUAACCUUCAAGUGCCGAACUCAUCAUCAAUGUCAUUUGACCAAAACCAUGAUACUAAUGGAAUGGAGAAGCCACCUACAACAGCGACAAUCAAAGUUCCUGAAAAGAACACAGUUCCUGAAAAGAACAAUCAUGUAAACAAUAACAAUAAAAGAUUUAGUAAAGGAUAUCUGUUUAAAAAGUCCUCAAAGAAAGACAGUUCCUUUGGACUGGAGGCACUAAUGAAAGGAGAAUCAAUGGAGAUGAAGAGGAAAAGGCUGCGGUCAGCAAGCAAGAUGUCGUCCCUGUUCGAUGAAUUCUCACUCUCCAAAAUAAGGUCCAACUUCAAAGAGCUGGAGAUAGAGGAGAUGUACCAAGAGUACUGCCUAUGUAUGAGACGCUCCCUGGUCCUCAUACUGCUACUGAUAAGCCUUCUGGCUUUCCUGGCAAUUUUUAUACUCCACAUUGUGGAAAACAAGGUGAAGGUUGGAGACAAGUUUGAGCCUGCCUUCUUCAUCCUGCUGGCAGGGAUGGUCAUCCAAGUGGGUAUAACGUCCCUCAUAGUUGUACCGAAAAUGUUCAAGAAGGCUCCAAAAUUACUGUCCCUAGCCGUAUGGCUCAACAUGACUGCGGUUAUCUCUGCAUACUCGGCUUUGAUUCCCAGUAGUGCAGCCAGUGACGAUCUGCCUGCGGUGUUUUACAUAAUAAUAGUGCUAUACAUGAUGCUGCCUUUACCAAAACUCUGGUCUGUGCUCCUGGGACUGUUGAACAUGUUGAUACAACUAGUGAUGGCUGGCUGGACUAGUGAGUUGCAGCGGGAAAACUUGUCUUACCAGCUGUGCUCCAAUGCAGUGCUUCUCCUGUGUGCCAACAUGAUUGGGUUCUAUCACAAGUACCUGACAGACAUCACACACAGACACACAUUCCUGGAGGCACGCAAGUCCAUCAAGUCCAUGGUGGAGUUAGAACAGGAAAAGAAAGAGCAGGAAGAAUUAUUGACAAGCUGUAUUCCUAAGGAUCUGAUGGAAGCAAUGAAGGAAGACCUGACGAAGAAGAUGAUGAGCAAGGUUCCCCGUAUCAUGCCCUUCCAUGACCUCUACGUGAAACACCAUGAAAAUGUCAGUAUACUUUAUGCUGACAUUGUGAACUUCACCCCGUUGGCUGCAGAAUGCACAGCUCCCGAGCUGGUGAAAAUGCUCAAUGAACUCUUCGGAAGAUUUGACCAGUUAGCAGAAAAGAACAACUGCAUGCGUAUAAAAAUUCUGGGAGACUGCUAUUACUGUGUGUCGGGACUACCGACGCCGACAGAGAAACAUGCCAGCAACUGUGUGAAAAUGGGCCUCAGAAUGAUAGAAGCUAUAAGGAAUGUGCGGGAGGCGACCUGUGUGGAGGUGGACAUGCGUAUCGGGGUCCACUCAGGCACUGUGCUGUGUGGGGUGUUGGGGCUCAAGAAGUGGCAGUUUGACGUCUGGUCCGAUGAUGUUACCAUUGCCAACCACAUGGAAUCAGGCGGUCUGCCCGGGCGAGUUCACAUCUCCAAGGCGACCCUGGACUGCCUGGACGGGGAUUUUCGGGUGAUCCCUGGUGACGGUGGCAAGCGUGAUUCCCUGCUCAACGAGCGCAACAUACAAACCUACCUGAUCCUGCCAGAGGAAAAGAAAAUGGAAAUGAGACCAAUAAGGUCGCGAUUCCAUACCAACACACGUGCGUCCGUCCGUGUGUCCCAGUACCUGGAGAGCUGGGGUAUCGACAAGCCGUUCUCCAACCUGCAAGUGAGCAACAUGGCCACCAAACUGCUCAGCGUCACAAACAAACGCCAGAAACGUGACCUUAUGCCAAUUUAUGAGUCAGAAGAUAGUCUGGCCUUCCUGGAUUCAUCUUUGGCUGUGAAUCCUCCGACCAACACCAAUACCAAUAGAGAGAGUUGCAUCAGCAAUAGUUCCUUGAAUAGCAGUCAUCAGAAGGCGUUGACCUUGUCCAAGCAUUUCAACUCUGAGGUCAACAGGACCCUGGCAAAGAAAUCACAAGACCUCGGACUUACAAGUUGCUGGUCUACUGGUCGUGGUGAGUUCCAGUCCUCCAUGUUGCUGUUCAAGGACAUCGACGUGGAGCAGGACUAUAUCAGACGUGUCGACCCCUCCUUCAAGUUCUGUGCUCUAUGUGCGGCAAUUCUGUUCAACUGUGUGGGAAUAGUACAGCUUCUCAUGAUGCCCAUAGCAACAUCUAUGAUUGUGUGGUUUGGCGUCGGAGAAGUAUUCUACCUAAUAAUGAUCUGCAUGUGCUUUGCUCACAAAUUUAUUAGCCUAUCCCCAGCCACCCAAGUGAAGAUAACCAGCCCUCUAAAACGAACAUCAGACUUCAUUGUGGACAAGCACUGGUUACGAACUCUACUGGCGUUCUGUUGCGUCUUGUUCACUGCAGUCAUGACCUGCAUUGGCCUGGCUGACUGUGAGACUGGAACUCUGCAAGUGAACGAGACCAAUAUCACCGAGGCUGCUUUGCUAAAGAGCUCAUGCUCAUACCCAAUGUAUACGGUGGUGUGUGGCCUGUGUGUGUUACUGUGCAAUGUGAUCUUCUUGAACGUGGCAUUCUUCAUCAAACUCUCUAUGGCACUGACAGUGUUCAUUGUGUACAACGUGAUAUUUAACGCUGGAACCACCACCAUCUUGCCACCAUCUUACGGCUUAACAAGGUUUUUUUACUCUAUGAGCCUUGGUGAGGAGGCGUCGUUCUAUCUAACCAUUUUGCUGGUCACGAUCAUCGUUCUUGAUAGACAGGUGGAGAGCACCAACCGCCUGGACUUCAUCUGGCGGCGCCAGUGUCAGCUGGAGGAAGAAGAGGUCAAGACCACAGCUGCCCUCAACAAGAUGCUCCUCGAGAACAUCCUGCCUGCACAUGUAGCUGCUUACUUCCUUGGAAACACAAAAAAGGAUUUGUACAGUGAGUCCUACAACUACGUAGCAGUGAUGUUUGCAUCCAUUCCAAACUUCAAGGAGUUCUACCAACAGAACAGUGCCAACAAGAAUGGACUAGAGUGUAUACGACUUCUCAAUGAGAUUAUUGCAGACUUUGAUCAACUGCUGACGCGGUCCCAGUUCCGCAGUGUUGAGAAGAUCAAGACGAUCGGCAGCACGUACAUGGCUGCCACGGGUCUACAGCCUGGUCUUGAGACCUCCGAGGACCCAGAACAGGGGGAGGAGCAUGUGGUCACCAUGACGAACUUUGCCUUCGCCAUGAUCAAGUUCCUGGAUGAUAUCAACUAUAAUUCGUACAAUCAGUUUCAUCUGAGAAUCGGUAUCAACUAUGGUCCAGUGAUGGCUGGUGUGAUUGGAGCCAGGAAGCCUCAGUAUGACAUCUGGGGAGACACAGUCAAUGUAUCCAGCCGUAUGGACAGCUCUGGGGUCGAGGGAAAAAUACAGGUCCCUGAGGCAACUGCACAGAUUCUGAUGCGAAAGGGAUUUGCCUGGGAGUACAGGGGCAUUACCAAGGUGAAAGGGAAGCAACCCAUGACCACAUACUUCAUAACCUCCUCCUGUGAUAGAACUAUACUCUCUAGUGUUGUCUCCCUUGAUAGAAUUCAGAUUUUGAAUGAGAACAAUAGGAAGCAGUCUGACUUGGCAAUAGAGAGAAGACCAGUGCCCAGGUUUCAUCUUGGUUGUGAGGAGGAUGAAAUAAAGACCAGCAGCAAAUGUUGCGUGUCGAAUGAAAGUGCAUCACAGAAUCAGGAAAGAAUGGUUUCUCCUGAUGCAAAAAACUCUGUUGAGAAAGAGGUGGAAAGUGGUACAUCCAACUGUGUGAAUAACAAUGCUGGGAAUUGUGUAGAGUUAGGUAUGAUAUUAGAGAAUGUCUGCACAUGCCACAAAGAUCUUUUCACAGACAGAGUUGUUCACAAUGAAGACGUUUUGUAUUCUUUUGUUUGUGAUCAUAAACACUGUGAUAACACAGACUGCAAAAACCAGAAACCUGACAACUGCAUGUUACGGCAAGCUAGCCAUCUAACAGAACUGCCAGUCUCCAACGACGACGAUCAGGUGGUUGUUAUGCGGAAACAUAGUGAUGUGAACCUAUCUUGUUCGCCCAGUUUCAACUGCAAAAACCAGAAACCUGACAACUGCAUGUUACGGCAAGCAAGCCAUCUAACAGAACUGCCUGUCUCCAAUUACGAUGAUCAGGUGGUUGUUAUGCGGAAACAUAGUGAUGUGAACCUAUCUUGUUCGCCCAGUUUCAACAAAGACAGAUUUCUAAAGAAUAAGGAGUCAUUAAAGACUAAUACUCCUAUUAUUGGGAACAGUGAGGGUGGCAGUGCAAUAAAACAAUAAAACUCUUAAAAGUGAUGUGAACUUUACUAGUAUUACAGAAGAAAUCAAAAGCCCCAUAGUGAUCUGUUGAACUCUGACCUUCAGGUCACAGAUACAAGGUCAAGGUCAGAUAAACCACAUUCUGUCAGACGUGGAAAGAUGAGAACACAAUUGCUUUGUUUUGUGCGUGCAGCCAUUAUAAUGUGAUGUUGCAAAAGUAUUAAAUUUUAAGACCGGCUCAAUGAAAAUCAGGCCUAAUGCAUGCACUUAAGUUGUCUUCCCAGGCUCGGGCAAAUCAAGAACAACACCUUCCACUUUUAUGGUAUUUUUGUUUAAAGAAACUCUUUUCUUAGAGUAAAUCCAGAUAAGGCAGAAGUUGUUGCCACUGAUUAGCCUGCACAGAUUGCACAGGCUAAUCUGGGAUAAUACUUGAAGCACUUGCAUCAAGCACCAUUUUCCAAGAGCGUCACUCAUUUCUACUGUUGAAAAAGUUCAAAUAGUGUGUAAUCUAGUCCAUGUCUUAACAUUUAUAUUUGUCAUGGGAUAAAGAUGGUGGAGAUGUUUGUGUUGUCAAACCUUCCUUUAAUUCAAAAGAUCUUAAGUAUGGGUAAGGAUUGGUUUUCUUUUACAAAGUUUUUAUUUUCACUUCUAGCUCCUUGAAAAAUCAUUUACAAAUGAAAACUUAUGUGUUUUAAAUAUCGUUAAUGUCAAGUCUGAAGGCAGGAAUUCAUGUAACUUUGUCUUUUUUGUAAAUAGGUUUAUUUUUAAUUACAUGUACAAUCUGUCCAGUCAUCAUCAGAAAGUUGCACUAGUCACCUUGACUUCAUUUUUCGUUCCUACAAUGUCUAUACCAUCAUUGAUCACAAUAAUUGAAUCAAGUAACUCCUUUCAUGAAGAUACCUCAACAUUUUAUCCAGAACUGAUGGGCAAAAUGGGUUGUCCGACUUAAAAGAUCUAAAAUAUGAUUUUCCUAGACCUAGAAUGAAUAAGGUAAAGUUUUCUUCCAGAACAAAUCACUGUACCAUCCACAGCCCUGUGUUUCCCUUACACUUAAACCAUUUGGGAAUGAGUUGCAAAAUUUGUUUGAUGCAUAACGUUGGACACAUCUUUUGUACUUUUAUACACAAUCCUUAUUGUAGUGUUUAACCCUUUCCCCCAUAAGAAGCAAAGUGAAAAUGGUAAUGUGCAAACAGCAUAAAACCAGAACAGCCUGCAAGUAACUCGCAGUCUAUUCAGGUUUUAUGCUGUUUGCUGCUCAUCAGUAUCUAAGAGUUGGAAAUGAAGCCUUUAAAAUUUGAAUCUUAAGCAAGAAAGUUCUUAAAUUAAAUUCAUCUUUGUAAGGGACAACUAAUGGGUAAAAAUAUGUAUCUAAGUGGUAAAGGGUUAACAUAAACCUUGAUCGUGGAAAACUGGGCUUAGUCCAUGUGCAUAAAGUGUCGUCCCAGAUUAGCCUGUGCACUUUAAGCACACACAUUAAGCCCAGUUUUACUAGAACGCAGCUUAUAUGAGACACGAUCUGAAAACAGGGCUAAUAAUUGUGCAUUAAGUGUCAUCCCAGAUUAGCCUGUGCAGUCUGCACAGGCUAAUCAGGGACAACACUUUUCGCUUAUAUGGUAUUUUUCGUUUAAAGGAAGUCUCCUCUACACGAAAAUCCAGUUAAGGCGGAAAGUAUCAUCCCUGCUUAGCCUGAGCGGACUGCACAGACUAAUCUGGAACAACACUUUACGCACAUGCAUUAAGCCCAGUUUUUUCAGAAUGCGACUCGUAUAUAUGCAUUUGUUAAAUGAUGUCAUAAACCAAAAAACAAGUAAUGCAUAGCUUUCAAGUCCAAUAUUUAUCACAUCUUGCAUCAUACUGUGUAUGUGUUUUACAUACUUGUUCAAAAUUAGUCAAACCAGUCUGUGAUAUCAUCAGUUAAUUAGUCAAACCAGUCUGUGAUAACAUCAGUGUAAGAUGUUUCUCCUUUUAAUUGCAUUGUUUUGGAUACGUGUUUUAUUACCAAUUAUUAUCGGACCAGAUGUUUUGAUUGUUUUUAGAUAUUUUGUUUUCUUAACAAUCUUUUCAGACCAGAUAUCAUCAUUGUUGCCAUUGGAUGUGUUAUAAAAGUUGAGUAAAUUUAACUUAACACAAAUCCUGAAGUCUUUGUCCAGUGCAAUAAUUGUUCAACUAAUUCCUACCCCUGAUAUGCUUUAGUGUACCCUGUUGUAAGGAGGUCAUUGGAUUCCAAAUAUUACAAAUGUAUACUAAUAUUAAGAGAUUUUUCCAGGGUGCUGCACAAAGCAUCAAGGGUAAUGCCCUGGACAUUUUGUAUCAUUAAAAACUGGUAUUUUUUGGAAAAUACAAAUAGGGAACAGUAAAUGUACUGUACAAGUAAAUCAUGCACUUAAAUGAAGUAUAUGGAAAUAGUUUUAGGUUCUUUAUUUAUAAUGCACAUUACAGUAAUUGCUGGAGUUUUUUUAUGUUGUUAAAUGUUCAGAUUGAGCUUUCAUCAAGGAUUAUUCAGGCUAAGUAUGAACUAAUUCACACCAACAUUUUGACAACCAAUGUAAAGAAAUACAAGGUAGUUAGUGUUAACAUUCCUACAAACAUGUUGACAAUACAAAAUGAAAGAGUUGAGGUUUACAAUCAGUCUGAAAAAAUACUGUAGUCAAUGAGGCUUUUAAGUUGUAAAUAAGUUAACUUUAUUCUGAGUCAGAAGGAACCAAAAACAAUACGGUAAUGGUCCUAUUAUUAAGCAUGCAAGUUUUUGUUGGCAUUUGUUAUGAUAAAUGAUAUUUAUACUGCAUUUGUAUGCUAAGCGUACUUUGUAAGAAUACAAAAGUAAUACACAAAACUGGCUAAUAAAAGCCAUGAUUUCUCAUUGCGCUAUGUGCAUUGUGUACCCAUAGGCAACACCAGACGGUUGACUGUAUACGCAAUAUUUACCGGUACAUGUUUAUAUUUCUGAAGAUGUAAAAUGUUCUGGUUGGGUAUUAGUUUCGUAAUGUUUCUUUGAUGCUAAACAUUUCAUGCUUUGGACAAUUUUUUAACAGUUAUCAACAGGUUUUAGAUAUUUUAUGUUUUAAUAUAUUUGUUAAAUUUAUAUGUUAUAGUUUAAAUAAGCACAUAAUAGAAAUAUAUACAUUAACAACAGCUUCACUAUGGUAUUUGUGUUCAUUUUUAUUCACUUGUUUUUUUUCUUUUACAUUCCAAGCAUAACAUUUGUAAUGUUCACCUUUUUAUUAACGUUUUGCAUUUUUAUGAUUAGAUUUUAUUAAAUUUGUCUGAUUUUUUACCUCACUUUUUCAUAUGUUUCUGUUAUUCAUUUAUUUUGCGACUUCUACAAAGUACUGACUCCAAUCAACUCAUUCCCAGCAUUUUAUAAACCAUGCAAUAUGUUUGUUUAUUGUUCUGAUUUACAUGACAAUGUCCUGUUCAUAAAAUAAAGUCAUACAAAAUGUU